UUGUGUGUGAUUGAUUAAUGAAUAUGAGACAGUUGAUUGAACUUUAUUCAUGAUGUUUGGUUUGAAAGGCUGUCUGUUCACUCUUAUCUGUGCAGGGGGAGCAGACAAACCCUUGUGUAAACCUCGCUGUGAAUUUAUGGUCGGUUUGAAUGCACUGUCACAGCAGUCCAUCUCAGCAGCAGCUGCAAAUUCAUACUACACUGAUUCCUACAGCGCUCAAAUUAGGAUCUGCACCAUUAGGAAUGAAGUUACUGAGCAUUUAUUUCUGUGGGGUUUUUGCUUGCUCGUGGCUUGUGUCGUCCGAUGACCUUUCAGCCUCAGCAGAUGUGCAGAAGAUGGCAAAUGCAGUUAGGAUGCGCAGCUGGAGUGAGCUCUUCCAGACAGGAGACCUGACCCGCAGCGUUCAGACGCACAGGAGAGCGCCGCGCUUCAUGAUGGAGCUGUAUGAUGCUGUCGCGGACGCGAACGGAACGCUGAGAAACACCAAAGUGCUGGAAGGAAAUAUUGUUCGAAGUUUCGAAGGACGGUCCAGCGGCUCAUUUCACUUCUUCAAUCUGACAUCAUUCAGACAGGACGAGCACGUGAUCAAAGCAGAAUUUCGAUGGUUUCGUCAUAAACAGCCUUUUAUCGGAAGACGGCAUUUUUACAAAGUUGACCUGUAUGAAGUGCUGGACAGCAGACCUAAACCCUGGCGAGGAAAUUUGAUAAGCUCAAGGUUAUUACCCGUGUACACCAAAGGAUGGGAGGUCCUCAACAUCACACCGAUGGUGACUAAAUGGAUUCUCAACAGCGGUACAAAUAAUGGUAUCCUGGUCGUGACUGCUUUACCUUCAGGUGACUGGAUUGAGUCCAGCGUUCAGAUGGAGGGGCAGAAAGAAGAAACAAAUGCAUAUUUGGUUAUAUAUUCAGAUGACGGACGCAAGCACUACCAACACCCACCUUUCUACACAGGACAAAAUAUCACCGCAUCCCUUAAACUCCUCAAGCCUAUAACGAGUUUAGUGAAGUCAACAAUGCGUAACCGCAGGAGUGUGCGUGCGUUAACUUCUGCGUGCCAGAGAACAAACCUGUACGUAGACUUCACUAGAAUCGGCUGGUCCGGGUGGAUAAUAUCUCCUAGAGGUUAUAAUGCGUACAGUUGCAUGGGCUCCUGUCCGUUUCCGCUGGGAGAAGGUCUACGGGCUACGAAUCACGCUACCGUGAGAUCCAUCAUGAAUGCACUGAAACUAUCGCAGGAAGCGGGGAAACCGUGCUGUGUACCUGACGUACUUCACCCCAUCAGCCUCCUGUACUUUGACGAUGAAGAAAAUGUUGUUCUAAAACAAUACGAUGACAUGGUUGCAGGCAGCUGUGGCUGCCAUUAAAACAACGUUAAUUUAUUUCAGUGCAUCACACGUGCCACAGAAAAUGUAUAUGUUGAUAUUUGAAUAUUUGUAUGUCUAAGUCAAAUUAAAGAUGUUUCGUGCAAGCAAAUAUGAUAAUGUCUUUUAUAGGUAUAGGUAUAGGUUACUGCAAUUGAAAGAUGCCUUUUCAGGCUUGGAAAUGUCAUACUUCAACUAGAAUUCACCUACCACAAGUCCACUAAACUAUAUUUAAAAAAAAAAGGUUUACCAUGCCAAUGUGACAUUUAAAGUUAAUGCUGCCACAUUUAAUAAAGGUAAGUCAUCCCGACCAAGUUGAAACCCAAAUUUACAACUAAAACUGUUUUAGCAGGUCUUGCAGGACUCCUAUUUACCACUUGGUGGAGGCAGAAUGGUGAUGUCUUGUGCAUUUUGCAUGCAAAGAUGGCUAAAGCUGACUGAAAUCCCCAAAGUAUUAGGUUAAAACAACGAGCGAAAGUAAGAACCAACUGAUUUUCCAUGUUCUCUGGGUUAAUGUCAUCAAAUCUUUGAAAGAUACUGAAGGGUUUUGCUUGAGGCAAGAUGUUAAGUAGAUAUACAUAAGCAAAACUGUAUUUUCUAAGAUAUAUUUAUUUCAAUGCUGGUUUAUUGUCGUGGUCAAAUCCAGUUCAUAUAAUCCCAGCCAUCAACAGAAAAUGUGGUUGAUCAGUUUCAG